CAUUGAUCGAAGCAUUAUUGUGGUCGUACUAGUCGUCUACCGUAACCCUGAGGAGCGUGGGGCCUGUUCUUCAAUGCACACCCGGCGAGCUACUGGUCUACCUGUUCGCAAAAAGUCAAACCAAGCUUUCGUGUUCAAAGUCUUCUAUCAUUCUUCCAUCUCCUUUAUUGACAUUUCUCUUCUUCACACGCCGAUGAACUUGAUAACAUUUCUUUGAACUUAUUGUCUAGAGAAUUUCGAAGACUUUGAGCGCAAUCCGGUUUUGAACUGUACGGAGCUUAUCGAAAAGUGAUAUAUCGCGCUUCUGGUUUUAAAUCCAUCCAGGAUCCUGAACUUGAUGUUCGUUUUGGCAUCACAGGCGUUUGACAUAAUCUACUAGUCAACAUAGAGAACUCCUUGUUAUGGAUAAAUUCAGUUGUUGUUUUUGGAAGGCAGCUACCCCAAAAAAGGGUGUUCAUGCAAACAAUGGAGGAAGCAACAUUGAUCUUAGUGUAGAACUUUUGGAUGUUGAAAAUAUGAGAUUGUAUACAUACAAAGAUUUGCAAAUUGCUACAGGAGAUUUUAAACCCGAAAAUAAGAUAGGGCAAGGGGGUUUUGGUUCUGUUUACAAGGGAUUACUAAAAGAUGGAAAAAUAGUUGCUAUAAAGCUCCUCUCUGCUGAAUCAAGACAGGGUUUGCGUGAAUUCUUGACUGAAAUAACUAUUAUUUCAGAUAUACAACAUGAAAAUUUGGUAAAGUUGCAUGGUUAUUGUGUGGAGAAAGAUCAUAGAAUCUUGGUUUAUGGGUAUCUCAAAAACAGUAGUCUAGAUCAAACCCUACUUGGGGGGAAUCAUUGUAGCAUUAAGUUCACUUGGGAAAUUCGAAGGAAGAUUUGUAUAGGUGUUGCAAAGGGGCUUACUUAUCUUCAUGAAGAAGUGCAACCUCAUGUUAUUCAUAGAGAUAUUAAAGCAAGCAAUAUUUUACUCGAUGAAGAUUUUACACCAAAGAUUUCAGAUUUUGGUCUUGCAAAGCUUUUCCCAUCUCAUUUGACUCAUGUUAGCACACGUAUUGCUGGAACUCAAGGCUAUUUGGCUCCUGAAUAUGCAAUAAGAGGCCAAUUGACAAGGAAAGCAGAUAUUUACAGUUUUGGUAUUUUGCUUUUGGAAAUUGUUACUGGAAGACCCAAUCAAAACAAACGAUUACCAGUUGAAGAACAAUAUCUUCUUGAAAGGGUAUGGGAACUAUAUACGGAAGGGGAGCUAGAAAGGUUGGUUGACACUUCAAUGGUAGAUGAUGAUGAUGAUUUUGAUAAAGAUGAAGCUUGUAGGUACUUAAAAAUUGGGUUACUUUGCACCCAAAGUCUUCCAAAAAACAGACCAUCAAUGUCUAGUGUGAUGAUGAUGUUAAAUGACGAAAUGGACCUUGAUGAAAAAGAUUUAUCUGAUCCAGGGUUAAUUUCAGAGUUAAAAAACUUUAAAUCCAAUAAAACUACCAACACAUCAGGUAACAACACAUCAUCUAGUAACUCAGGAAAACAGGAGGAUAAGGAUUCCUCAUUGUAUGGACACUCAACAUCAUCAUUCGCCACUAUGAGUUUUACCACAAUUAAUGAUCGAUGAUUCUACAAUACACCAUUUUUCUGUCUUUUUAUAGUUGUAAAUUUUUUGGAAACAGAAUUUAUUAGUAAUUAUGACUUUGCCAUUAAGACAUGCUAAGAAUGGUGGAGGAUUGUUGAUGUGUUAUUAUUAUUAUUUUGUUUGUAGAUAAGUAUUGUAUGUGAAAAUUAUUUGGAUAGUUUUGAAGAGAGGAAAGUUGAAUUCCUUUGUUUGAUG